UUUAGAGGAUUCUUUAAUGUGUGUAGACAUCAUGCUGCUCAGCUUACUCCCAUCUCCUCACAGGGUUGCACUAACAAGUUUGUUUGUCCUUAUCAUGGUUGGACCUACUCCCUGGAUGGCAGACUCACAAGGGCUCUGCGUUUGAAGGGUAUCCAGAAUUUCAAAGCCAAGGAUUUCGGGCUAAAACCAAUUCAGGUUGCAGAAUUGGGACCCCUCAUUUUUAUCAACUUAGAUCCUAGUACACCUAAAGCGUCUCUGAUAGAACAGUUUGAAGAAGUAGAUUCCAGGCUUCAGCAGAAAUCAUACAAUGAUAUGGGUUGGGUUAAACGGGUCGAAUAUAAGAUGUCCUGUAACUGGAAAGUAUUUGUGGAUAAUUAUCUAGACGGCGGUUAUCAUGUUGAGUUUCUCCAUCCUACCCUGACGGACAACCUCGAUAUGAACUCUUACACAACAUCAACUGCUCCUCACUAUAGUUUACAGGAGGUUGGUGGGAAGGGAACAGAGAGGAUAGGUUCUAAUGCUUUAUUCUUCUUCUUAUAUCCGUCCUUGAUGAUCAACAGAUACGGUCCUUGGAUGGACACAAACAUGGUGGUUCCUACAGGACAUGACAGCUGUACAAUUGUGUACGACUACUACCUGGAGAAUCAGCUAUUAAACAAAAUGUCUGAAAAUGAAAAGACGACAUUUAUAGAAGAGAGCCUGACCGCCAGCAACCAGGUUCAAGAGGAGGAUAAUAUGAUCUGUGAAUCAGUUCAACGCGGUCUGCAUAGUUCUGCAUACGAUGUUGGAAGGUAUGCGCCGGGAGUCGAGAAGGAUCGACAAAGCAACUACAACAAAUGCUGUUUAUGGCUUCGAACUAAGCUGGGGCUAAUAAGGUGGUGGUACUCAGAGAAUGGGCUUUGUAAAUGUACAGUGUACUCUGACGGCUGUACACUGUACAGUGUGCACUGUAUGAACAAUGACAUGCAAAUUGCACAUUGCAUAUUGCAUAGCAAACAUAUAAUCAAUAUCAAUGAAUAUAUUUGCAUUAAUAAAAUUAUUUAUGGUCUUUAUUAA